AUGCCCCCUUCUCUCACUCGUGUCGCCAUAGUCGGCGGAGGUAUUGGCGGCCUGACUCUUGCUCGCAUUCUUCAAUUGCGCCAAUCGGCCUCCCUUACCUUCUCGCUCUUCGAAGCUGAGGCCAAUGCCUCUCUUCGUGCGACCCUCGGCGGCUCUCUUGAUCUCAAGCGGGAAUCUGGUCAACGCGCCUUGCACGAUGCAGCUCUUCACGCCCAGUUUCUCAAGCUUUGCCGUCCGGCUGGCGGGGCGUUGAAAAUAUUCGACGACACGGCCAGGAUCUAUUAUGAGGACAAAGGCAGCGACAAAGAUAUGUACAACCCAGAAAUAGACAGAGGUCAACUGCGCUCUAUGAUCCUGGACUCUCUCCGGCCUGGAACGGUUCAAUGGGGACACAAAGCAGUCGCGGCCAAACGAGACCAUGUAACAGGCAAAUACUCGGUUCAAUUUACCUCUGGAAAAUCAGAAGGUGGCUUCGACAUUGUCGUCGGGGCGGAUGGUGCCUGGUCUAGCAUUCGCCCCCUUGUGUGGCCCGGAGUCCUACCCACAUAUUCCGGUGUCACGUUCCUCGAUACUAAGAUUGACAUCAAGUCGCAUCCCGCACUCUCCCAGCUUGUCGGAGAAGGCUCGAUCAUUGCUAUGGGUGGAGGCAAGUGCAUUAUGGCACAGAUGAGCUCAAACAAUGUGUUGACGGUCUAUUCUGCCAUACGAGUUCCCGAAAACUGGGCUCGCACGUCAGAUGUUGCCUUGGCCGAAACUCCAGAGGAGAAGAUUCGCCUUAUGCUCGCGCACUUUGCAAGCUGGGACGAAUCACUGCGCCAAUUCAUCCGCGUCAGCAAGAAUCCCGUAAUUCGCCCAAUAUACGCGCUGCCGCACGACUCCAAACCGCGAGCCCAGACCGACAACGUUGUUCUUUUGGGCGAUGCUGCUCAUCUAAUGAGUCCUUUCGCAGGCGCCGGAGUCAACAUGGCCAUGGUAGACGCUGCUGACCUUGCUAAUGUAUUGGUUGAGGGACAGCCGUUAGAGACAUAUGAAGCCAUAAUGCGAGAGCGCGGGAAUGAGGCCGGACAAGAAUCUGCAGAUAAUUUGGACACGUUUUUCGGGGAGGGGGCAGCCACCAAACUCACGGCGUUGUUCCGCACCUUUGAUCCAGCGUGA